GAGGGGGCGUGGCCUGCGGUGGUAGCGCCGCGCCCGCCUUCCGGGUCGGGCCGGGCCGAGCGGAGCCGAACCGGGACGGGCCGGGCCCCGCCGAGCUCCGCGGGCAAAGCACACCGAGCCCCAGCGGGCGAACCGAGCCGAACCGAGCCGAACCCUCCCGGCUGAGCCGAGCCGGACCGGGCCGGGAGCAGCCGAACCCGCUCGGACCGAGCCGAGCGGAGCCGGGAGCAGCCGAAGGCGCUCGGCCGGCCGGCGCCGCUGCGGGCCAUGGGGCAGAUCGAGUGGGCCAUGUGGGCGAACGAGCAGGCGCUCGCCGCCGGGCUCAUCCUGCUGACCGGCGGGAUCGUGGCCGUGGCGGGGCAGUUCAAGGGCUGGUACUUCGCGGCGUAUUCCAUCGCGGCCGGAGUCCUGGUGUGCCUGCUCGAGUAUCCCCGGAGCAAGCGGAAAAAGGGCUCCACCAUGGAGCGGUGUGGCCAGAAGUACCUGACAGCCGUGGUGAAGCUGUUCGGGCCCCUCACCAGGAAUUAUUACGUCCGAGCCGUCCUUCACGCCGCCCUGGCUGUCCCUGCCGGUUUCCUCCUCUCCACCAUCCUGGGCACCGUCUGCCUGGGCAUCGCCAGCGGCAUCUACCUGCUGGCUGCGGUUCGAGGGGAGGAGUGGAGACCCAUCGAGCAGAAGCCCCGGGAGAGGCCGCAAGUGGGGGGCACCAUCAAGCAGCCCCCCAGCAACCCCCCGCCCCGGCCCCCGCCCAACGCCCGCAGGAAGCAGCCGGAGGUGGGGGGGCAGGUGAACCCCAUCCCCGUGGAGGUGGAAUAACAGGGGAUCCUCCUGCCCCUCUGCCCUGCUCCUGCUCCUGCUUCCCAGCUGCUGGAUCCACUGCAGGGGACGAAUCCUGGGGAUCCCCAGAACCCCAGGGGUGCUGAGCUCCCUGGUGUGGGUCCUCAGCUCCUGGUGAUGCUCAGAUCCCUGCGGUCAUCAGGGAUUCCCAAAUCCCCAGGGAUGCUGUGGGGUCCCCAGCUCCUGGGCAUCUCCAAAUCCCCAGCAAUCCUCAGCUCUUUGUAGGAUUUCCAUCUCCUAGGGAUCCCCAAAUCCCCUAAGAUGCUCAGCUCCCAAAUUCCCAGCGAUGUGAUGCUCCCUGUGGGGUUUCCAGGCUCCAGGGGCUUCCCAGCUUCUGGAGAUCCCCAAAUCCGUGGGGGAUCCCAGAUCCCCAAUUCCCUAUGGGGUCUCCAGCUUCCAGGAGCUCCCCAGCUCCUGACCUCCCCAAAUCCCCAAGGAUGUUCAGCUUCCUGUGGGGUCUGCAGCCCCCGAAGGCUUCCCAGCUCCUAAGGAUCCCCCAAAUCUUUGGGGAUUCUCAACUCCCUGUGAGUCUCCUGUUUCCAGGGGCUCCUCAUCUCCUGGGAAACCCCAAAUCCCUGGACAUGCUCAGCUCCCUGAGGGUCCCAACUCUCCAAGCACCCCCAGAUCCCUGUGGAACUCCAGCUCUCAGGGAAUCCCCAGCACCCCGGGGGGAUCAGGCAGCUCCGACUCUCCCUGGUUUUUGUCAUUUCUGCAGUUGCUGUUGCAAUAAAAAGUGGGAAAGGCA